AUGGUCGAGUGCAGACGAAUAUGCGCGAACCACGGCGUCAAGGCAGUGUGCAUUAUCGGCGGAGAACUAGUAUGCGUCUCCUUUGGAAAUACAAUAAAAAUAAUAAACGUAACAACUGUAGACGUGCUUCUUCAAUUUGCAGCCUCAACAAGCAGCAACAUCUACGGAUUGACAUUUCAAAGGAGGUCCAAAAAUGGAGGAAUAUUAAUUGCGCAUGGGGUGCACAAAAUUUAUUGCUAUAUGCUACAUAUUACUUCAAAUGGUAAAACCUGUGCUUUAAAACUUGUUAGUAAAUACUGCACCAACAAAUGGAUACUACGGGCAAAGUUUCUUCUCCCUACUUAUGAAAAAAUCGAUGAGAAAUAUGACGAUGGGAAUUUGAAAGGAACACGUGCCACAACGGAUAACCGCAAUGUGAUUCUUCUAUGCUUAAGCAAUGGAAGCAUUGUACUACUGCACAUUUACAAAGGAAUCAGCUCGAGGAAGUAUAAGUUCAAAGGAAUACACCUUCUGUACAGUGCAGACAUUUACAUUAAUGAGAAAAAAAAAGUCUACAAAAUUGAGGUAGCCGGAGGAACCCCUUUCAACAAAAUAUUAUUAUGGAAUUUCAAAUUGAGAAAAAAAAAAAAAACUGUAAAAUUUUGCCUUCCCAAAAAAAUCAUUUCUUUGGAACAUGCUCAAGAAUUAGCGGGACACAGAGGAAUCAUUUUUAAAGUCAAAUUUUUUAGAAAGCACAAAUAUGUGGGCUCCGUCUCGGAUGACAGAGAGGGGCGCAUAUGGCGACGGAUGCGUGUACAAGCGCAAAAGGAACACCCCGUUAUGAACACACAAAACGGAAAUGAAUUGUUCCAGCGCAACAUCGACCGCUACAACACUCAAUACCACUACAAAUGCGUUAGGGUACUAACUGGGCAUGACGCCCGCAUAUGGGACAUCGACAUGGGAAUGUUUAACAAGCAGAUUUAUUUCAUGACAUGCAGUGAAGACUCUACUUGCAUUAUCUACGACAAAGGGAAUCCCCAGAAUUACUUCCAAUUCAGCAACAAUAAUGGAAGCACCGUCAGAUGUAUAUGUUUCCACUCACCUUUGGGGGUUAUCAUUUCGGGUAGUGACAAUGGCACUAUGCAUGUCAGGUCCCUGUCCUGGGGGGUUAGCAAAAAUGGUGCCAGUACUGCUUCAUGUGGAGAUUCCCCAAAGGGGGAACAGAAUGCUGCCUCCUCCUCCACCAUUUCUGCUCCCCCGCAAGGUGUAGCUGGCCAACUGGAGCCAAAGGAGUGCACGCACGCGAGCAUUGUGCAAAUAACAAAUGGCGACAGCGCAUGCAUGGGUGGCCAUUUCCAAAAGGACCGCAUUGAUGACAUCCACAUGGCUGAGUUGAAAACGGUAAAGUGCACCAGCCACGAAAGCAUUUCCAACGAUAAUGAACGGACCUGUACAAAGCAGAGUAACCCAUGCGACCAGUUAACAAACGACUCGGGCAAGCAGUACACAUCUGCAAAGGACCUGGUGGUGCAAAACGACUCCAUCCACUUUGUAGUUGACUGCCUGGAGGAAAAACUGAAAAGGAGUAACGACUGGAUCAGGUCAGUAAACCACGUAAAUUUAUACGACAUAAUAAUAAGCACCAAUGCAGGACGCAUAUACAUCUUUAAAACGAAAGACACGAAAAACAUAGAAGUCUUGUUAAUUUAUGAAGAGGAAAAAAAAAACUACUUCUUGACGUGCCUGGCUUUUCAUGGCUUGGAUUAUAUAUGCCUCGGAUUUAGCAACGGAUUUUGCUGCUUCAUUUCUUUAAAAAAUGACAACGGUGCGACCGAGUUUAUAAAAUCGGGUGCACAGAACAAACAGCUAACUUAUUUUAAAUGCUUCGACCACCGCAUCAGUGAGAUGUGUUUGGUCCCCCUGGCAUCUGUGAAUUACGACAAGUUGAUUUCCCAUGUGGAGCAUGACAAUGUAGAAGAUGUUUUGCACGCCUGGGUCAAGAAGGAGUUAGAGACGGGGGGGGCUUCCAGUGACAACUGUCGUAGAAGCCAACACAACAAGGGUGAUCCCGCCGCAACGGACAGCUUCUACCAAAUUGUGUAUAACCACGAGGCGGACACACACCACCACAGAGGGGAUGGCGACUCGCACAAUAGACACAGCGAAGGGAAAGUAGUACACGUCCAUGCGUUAUUGCUAGCCGUUUUUGACCACACGGGAGCUGUUCAAAUAUUCAACGCACAAAAAGGUGGAAACAAAAUCGAGGUAAACAAAGUUGCGCAAACAGACAUCGACGUGAAGAAUAAAAAGUCCAAAAUCAUUUCAGUGAAUUACCUUAUGAAGCAAAAAAAAAAAAAAAUGGGUAUCAUAUUUUUCGUGGGCGAUGAAUAUGGGUGUAUCUUCAUUAUCUAUGUAAAGAUACCCAUUGAGCACAAAUCAGACCAACUCUUAUACGACUUUCCUAAUUCCUUUAUCAAGUCCAAAAAUAAAUUACGUGUUCAUAGUAACAGAAAAGUGUUUGACAUUAAGAUAAUCGAUCGGUUUGUGUACUCGUGUGGGCAAAACGGUCAAGUCCUUAAGUACCAGCUGUAUAAGGAUGCAAACGGGGUGUAUACCAUGUACAAACUGUGCUUAAUUAAAGUUGGUUAUUAUACCUCCAUUUAUAAGUUGCUUCCCAUGUCCGUUGGCAUGGAUAGGGAGGUACACGGGGGGUCCAAUGUGGGGCUCCGUGAAAAGGUGCGUGACGUGGAAAAAGUAGAACAAGAAUACCGUGGAGACAUCGCGCGACCAGACAACUCAAGUUUGCAGAGAAGCAGUACACCCACACAUGGUGCGGAGGAAAAUACACAAAACAUGUUCAUUUGCUGCUUUAAGGAUAAACAGUUCGUUCUGUACGAUUUGCGAAACCAAGUGGAGUACCUGUCCGUAGAAUGCGGUGGUUUCAGACGCCCCCUCAGCAUGUACACGAAAUUUUCUCCAGGUUUGAUAAAAGCAUUUUCCUUCUGUUUUUGCAAAGACAAGAAUGUCCAUUUUAGCGUGAAAACAUUAUGCAGCAAUCAGCAGAAGACCACCGUCCCGUAUGAGCAAAUAUACAUCAACGCAGGAUUUCACUCCAAAAAUGUUUCCUGCGUACUGUGGAUAAACAAAAAAUAUUUUUGUACAUGUUCGGAGGAUGGAACGAUAAAAAUUGUUCACUUGAAUAAGUCGUGUGCUGCAAAGUGGAAAAACAAGUGUUUCUUAAACGGGCGAAAAAAUACCAAUUGGGGGAAUAACAUGGAUAGCAGGUCGAAAGAAGAGCUAGGAGUUUAUUCCAAGGAGGACAAACAGGACGGUAGACUAUCUAGCAGGAUAAUGGACGGCACGGAUUUUUCACCCCGGAACAAGCAGUACUCUCCCUUCUCCGGUGAAUCCCUCACAAAGAGCACACGUAAAAAGUCCCCCUUCAGGAAAAGACAAAUUAACCUCCUAAAUCACAGAAUGGACAUCAUCCAAAAUGUGUAUAACCACAAUGAGCCGAUAUUUUACAUGUGCUUUUUGGAGAGCCCCUUUUACCAUUUUAAAAAAUUAAAACUGCUAACCAGCGUUGGAGCAAAAAACUCGAUCAACAUUUUUUACCUAUAUAUGGAUGCUCAAAAUACACCAAUAAUUUAUCAUGUAGAAAAGGUACGAGUGCAGAAGUUGUCCAGCGAUUUGCGUUUCCUGUCUGUUCAGGGCAGGUUCAGUGUGUUACUCACUGAUGGAAAUAAGCACCUCAUUAGGGUAGAUCUAUUCGUUGGCACAUCACUUGGGGAUAUACUUCACUAUACAGGCGACUACGAAUUUGUGUAUUAUGAGAAUAUCAUUUUUUCCAAAAUUGUGCAGCUGGCCCAUCUGGUAUGUUCAUACAAUUUAGGUAGUACCAUUUUGGCUUUAAAUUUAACGGACAUUUUUUUGAGUGAUCUUUGGCCAAACACUUGGAAGGGGGAUGCACACAGUGGGGUACACGAUGGAAAGGGCCCUCUAUCAAACUGCGUUACUCAAAAAAGGGUGCUAUUUGACAGCUGUGCAGAGGUAGAAAAACGAAACUGUUCAUGUGAGCAAUUGGGGUCACACCUGCACAUGGGAAACGAUAACGGUAAUGGCGGCAUUGAAGUUAAGGAGACGAAUGGGAAGGAAAAAGCAGAAAAAUGUGAAGGUGCAACGUGCCCUCCCAGUAACAACAUGGAAGACGCAUUUCAUCGAGUAAGCUGUUGUCCUCCGAACAAUCUGCAUGAAUCGACUGACCACCUUUUCCUAAACAAACGGAAAGGAAAUAAGAUAUUCCGGGGGAGUGUACUAUGUUGCGGAUUAAAUAACGGACAAGUUCACUUCUACCACUUUGGCACAAAGCUAGUGCCGCUACUGCAGAAGGUACAAUUGCAUCAGAAUGGAAUAAACAAAAUAUGCGUUAGGAGGAAGCAGGACACAUUAGAGGUAUUUACCUGUGGGGAUGAUCAGUCCUUAAAUGUCCUCAUAGUGAAAAUUUGUUUUCCUCCCGAAGCUUUGCUAAAUGGAAACCGUAAUCUUAUACACCUGUCAAUUGUACAAAAGAGAAGUUUUACAAACGCCCAUUUGUCCUCCAUCAGAUCCUUGACCCUCUUCUCCAAUUUCGUGGCAAGCGUAUCCUGGGAUCAGUACACCUCCAUUUGGAAGGUGAGAAGGAACAAAAAUGGAAAAAUUUUGUUAAGGAGGGAAAAGAAAAUCAAAAUGGCUGUCUAUGAUGUUUCCUGCUUAAAUUUUUACGUAAUUAGGAAAAAGACAAUAUCCAAAAUGGCAUCACCAAAUGGAGAACCUCUCCAUUGUCUACCUGGAAGAGAAAGCAAAGGGUCCAAACGUUCGUCUGUCCCACCUGGACCCUCUCGCAUUAGGAUAUAUUUAACCGUGGCUGGGUCGAAUGGAAGUUUGGAAUCCUUUUGCCUCAAUGCCCCCAUAUAG